AUGCACAUCAGAGGGCAUAUAGAGUUUUACUGUUGUGAUAACCAUGAAGAAAUAAAUGGAACAUGUGUUGAAUGCAGAGACGGAUACAUAUCAGAAUCUGGAGAGGUUUGUCAGCAAUGUAAAAGUAGAUCAUAUGGAAGAAAAUGUGUAUACCUAUGUACUUGUUCAGUAAAUAAAAGAUGUGAUCAUAUACAUGGAUGUGUUGAAAUUAUAGACGAUACAACUACUGCUAGAUCAGAUUCAAAAACACAAGCUAAGUAUAAGUACCAUACAACUGAAACUAUAAGAUCAACUAGAAACAUACACGUCGGGUCAUCUACUAUUGGUUUAUUUCCUUUCGGACUCUCGAAAAGAGAAGUGAUAGUAUACUCAAUUGGUAUAGGUGGAUGCUCCAUCGGUGUACUGAUAUGCAUUGCAUUCUUUCGUCGGCAUAAAAGUAGAUCUGUUAGACAAACUGUAGAAACCAUCGAACCUUUCCAAAAUAAUAGUAUGAUCAUGAAUGAACUUCCCGUGGACAGAAUUGAGAACCUAUAUGAAACGAUUGAUGAAUCAACUAUGGAGCUGGAACUAAAUUCAACUGUUAACCAAAGUGAACACAAUCUUUCAGGUGGGUCUGAAUCUGACCAAACAAACAGUCUUAGCACAAGUAGCAAAUCGUCAGACAGCAAUGAUAUAACGUCCAUUGGAAACAAUAGCUAUCUUAAUCCAUAUCAACCUAUUGUAUCUGAUACCGAUCCACAUGUCUAUAUUUCUACAUACAAGCCAUCAGAGGAAUUUCUUAAUACUUCAUCAGAGGAAAAAGAUUCAAUUUCAAAUCAUAAAAAUUCGUUCCAGGAAUUGUUUGAAGAUUCCGAACAAAAAGAAGACUGCAACACAGAAAAAGGAUCUAAACGUAGCUCUGAAUGAUCCACGUCUUCAUGUGUCGCGGACAAAUCUGCUUAUCUCAAUCCUUAUAAUUCUUUACAGAAAACCCCAGAGGAACAGUCACUUAAAUAUAUGGAACUAAAAAGCGUUACGUCAACUUCUUUGAUUCGUUAUAUAUAUUUAUAUAUGUACAGAAAUAACACAUUCAUUAAAAAAGAAUUUAACAUGAACAUAAAUGAACAUAGGAUUGGUGUACGUACAAACUCUACAGCUAAUUUGCUGAUUUUCUAUACCCGGCAUUUGAGGGCUUUUGUUUUCUAUCAUGACUGCCUCGAUAUAAGGUUGCGGGUUACAAGGAAGCCAUAUUGGUGUCUGUUCAAACGGGUAGUCAAAUUAAAAACUGUUUCAUAUGUGCUCUAUGUAAAGUGUUGUAAACUGUUGUUAUCAUGAAGUGUUUUCCAGUCUAAUGAAAUUAUCUAAUAAUGUGUUUGUGAAUAACAGACGUUUAUAUUAAUGUACCAAUAACCCAAAUUUAGUAAGCUGUAGAUUACACUAAUUAUCUUACCUCCUAUACAAUUCUAGGAAUAUGAUUGGUUAAAGGCAACCGCGCGGAGACCGUGUAUAUUUCAUAUUAGGUUAGUAGUCGGGGCUUAUUUCAAUACACGGUUAGUAGUGAUGGUAUUUCCCUUUAUAAAAACAACACGGAGUUGAGGGAAAUCUGAAAUGUUUCAACAGACGAAGAAAUUGAUAAUGAACGAUUGAAAUAAAUUCAUAAAACACAU